AUGCACAGAACAUAUUCACUUCGUCAAAGCAGAGCCCCUACUGCUUCUCAGCAAGUAAAUCCUCCUCCCCCACCUUCGACAACCAAGUCUGGUCGCUUUUUUGGUAAAGGUUCUAUUGGAAACACGUUUCGCAGAAGUACUGCUGGUUCUCUCUCACCUGAAGGUUCUCGUAAGAUUUCCCAAUUGGUUAAGACUGAAAAAAAUGUUAUGAGAGCUCUUGAACUUUUGGCUGAGGAACGCAGAAAUGCCGCCAAAGGUCUCACCUUGUGGGGUGAGGAACAAGAGGACGAUGUUUCUGACAUUACAGAUAAAAUUAGUGUGCUUAUUUAUGAAAUGGGCAUGAUUGAUGAUGCCUAUAUUGACCAGUAUGAUCAGUACAGACUGGCAAUGAAGAGCAUUCGAAACAUUGAAGCUUCAGUCAUACCAUCCCGCAACCGCAAACAACAAAUUACUGACCAAAUUGCCGGUCUUAAGUAUAAGGACCCACAGUCUCCUCGUAUUGUGGUACUGGAGCAGGAACUUGUGCGUGCUGAAGCAGAGUCUCUUGUUGCCGAAGCCCAACUCUCUAACAUUACGCGUGAAAAGUUGAAACAAGCCUUCAACUAUCAAUUCGAUGCCAUUAAGGAACAUAGUGAGAGAAUUGCUUUGUGUGCAUCUUUUGGUAAGGUACUUUUGCACUUGCUUGAUGAUAGCUCUGUGACUCCUGGUGAAACACGCGAGAGUUAUAAUGGUUAUGAAAUGUCUAAGCAGAUUAUCAUUGACACGGAGGCAGCUCUUCGUGAAUGGAAUAGCAGCUCCAAUGAUAAACCAUCUCUUUCUAUUAGACAAGCAGACCCUAGAGAACUUGACGAUGAAAGCGAACUUGGUCUUGAGGACCAUGCCAAAGAAGAUGAUGAUGAGGAAUUACACGACAACUUGGGAAAUGGCAACAAGAAGCCGUACAUUGCUUAA